AUGCCUACAAGUUUUGCUGAGACCAGGCAGCCAUUCACAUCCCUUGAGACCUUGAAGACAGCAUCAGUAUCAACUAAGGGCACAGAUGUUGACACUAUAGUUACUCAGACUGGUUCUAGCUUUGUAGAUUCUGUGGUCACUUCUCCAAGUCUGGAACCUGGGGUCACAUCUAAUUUGGGGAUCUCUAUACCACCUAUAUUCACAAUUACCAUGCCUACAAGUCUUGCUGAGAUAGGACGGCCAUUCACAUCCCUUGAUACCUUGAAGACGUCAACAGUGUCAACUGAGGGUAUAGAUGUUGACACUACAGUUACUCAGACUUCUUCUGGAUCUGUAGAUACUGUCUCCACCUCUUCAGGUCUAGAACCUGGGGUCAUAUCUACCUUGGGGCUCUCUACAUCAUCUAAAUCCACAAUUACCAUAUCUACAAGUCUAGCUGAGACAGGAUGGCCAUUCAUAUCCCUUGAGACUUUGAAGACAUCAUCAGUAUCAACUAAGGGCACAGAUGUUGAUAUUGCAGUUACUCAGACUGGUUCUGCCUCUACAGAUUCUAUGGCCACCUCUUCAGGUCUUGAACCCAAGGUCACAUCUACCUUGGGGCCCUCUGGCAUCACUACAGCAUCUUCAUCCACAAUAACCAUGGCUGCAAAUCUAGCUGAGACAAGAUGGCUAAAUACAUUCCUUCAGACCUUAAAGACAUCUUCAGUAUCAACUAAGGGCCCAGAUGUUGACACUAUAGUUACUGAGACUUUUUCUGGCUCUGCAGCCAUUCACAUCCCUUGA